CGCCCACUUGUCACUUGCCUAAACUGGUCACGGUCGUGCAGUCUGGACCCGCCACUAGUCAUGCAUGGAGAUGGAUCGCGGUGGGGACACGAUGGUCGGAGGAUCGAGGAGAAUCGGGUCUGAACUGGAGGUGUUGGCAGUGGAUUUGAAUGUUAGGGCACGAAUUACGAAUGUAUGCAUGUUAGCGUUGCUGGCAGGUUGAGGACCUGCGUAGAUAGAGUAUAUACUAGACAUUCUGUCUCGCUUUUCAUACUUCGUCUCAAUUACAACCAGAUCAACGAAAUGCCCGUUUCCAUCCCUCGCCGUGGCUCGCCCGAGCCCACCGAGUAUACGUCUCUCCUCCCCAAGCCAGACAUCGACGACCCUCCCGAGUUCAUCGAACAAGAUGAGCACGACAGCAGAAAGGCCAUCCUCGCUGAAUUCUGGCUCCUCCUCAAGAGUGCCAUCCCAGUGAUCCUGGCCUACACCCUCCAAAACAGCCUCCAGACAGCGACUGUCCUGAUCGUCGGCCGAAUCUCGCCAGAACAUCUCGCCACCAGCGCCUUUUCGCUCAUGUUUGCCAUGAUCACCGCGUGGAUGAUUGCCCUCGGCGGGACGACGGCCGUCGAUACGCUGGCCUCGUCGUCUUUCACGGGCAGUGCGAAUAAACAUGACCUGGGGAUUUUGUUACAGCGGGGAUUCUUCGUCCUCGGCCUGUUCUAUAUCCCCGUUGCCAUUCUCUGGGCCUGCGCCGAGCCGGUCUUUCUCUUCCUCGGACAGGAUCCGCAGCUCUCACGAGACAGCGCGCGCUUUCUUACCUGUUUGAUCCCCGGUGGAUUGGGGUACAUUUACUUUGAGCUCAUGAAGAAAUACCUCCAGGCCCAAGGUACCUCACCGCCACCCUACCCUUUGCGUCGUGCAACCGCUAAUCGUGUAGGAAUCAUGCGCCCCGGCACAUACGUCCUCCUACUCACCUCCCCCCUCAACGUAGCCCUCACGCACCUCUUCGUCCACACACUAGACCUCUCCCUCCUCGGCGCCCCCCUCGCCCUGGGAAUCUCCUACUGGACCUCCUUCCUCCUUUUGGUCACCUACACACGCUUCAUCGCCGGCUCCGCCUGCUGGGGCGGGUGGACUCGCGAAUCCCUCACCAACCUACCCACGUUCGCCCGCCUCGCCCUAGCGGGAAUCAUCCACGUCGGCACCGAAUGGUGGGCCUUUGAAAUCGUCGCCCUCGCCGCCGGCCGCCUGGGAACCAUCCCGCUCGCCGCGCAGAGCGUCAUCAUGACCGCCGACCAGGUCCUCAACACCAUCCCCUUUGGAAUUGGGGUUGCGACCUCUGCGCGUGUGGGGAAUCUACUCGGGGCCCGUGACGCACGAGGUGCAUCCCGCGCAGCAAAUGUCGCUGCUGUACUAAGCAUGGUCGCCGGCGGGGUCGUCCUUGCUGUGCUAAUGGCCACCCGAGAGCACUUUGCGAAACUUUUCAACUCGGACCCGCGCGUCGUAACUCUAACAGCCGACGUCCUCCCCUUCGUCGCGCUCUUCCAGAUCGCGGACGGACUCAAUGGAAGCUGUGGGGGUAGUCUCCGUGGCAUGGGCCGGCAGCAUGUCGGUGCGCUGGUGAACCUGGUCAGCUACUACGGCGGGGCACUGCCGUUGGGGAUCUGGAUGGCGUUUCAUGGGUGGGGGCUGAAGGGCCUGUGGGUGGGACAGUGUAUUGCGCUGUAUCUUGUGGGGGCACUCGAGUGGGUGAUUGUGGCAAGGAGUGAUUGGGGGAGGGAGGUUGAGAAGGCCUUUCUGAGGAUGGAUGAGGAGGAGAGGGUUGAGGAGGGGGGAUUGCAUUGAUUGAUUGCAAGAAGAGAAAAGUGUAUGUAUGGCGCCACGACAGCGAGACAGACUUCCAUAGUAUGGCGAUGACGGAGAAGGAAGGCGAAUGGAGAAUGAUGAGAUGG